AUGUCUUGUUUCUUCGAAUGUUAUAGCAACCCACCCACAAGCUACAUCAACCCACCCACAAUCUACAUCAACCCACCCAAAAGUUAUAGCAAUCCACCCACAAGUUAUAGCAACCCACCCACAAGCUACAGCAACCCUCCCACAAGUUACAGCAACCCACCCACAAGUUAUAGCAACCCACCCACAAGCUACAGCAACCCACCCACAAGCUACAGCAACCCUCCCAGCAACCCUCCCACAAGUUACAGCAACCCACCCACAAGCUACAGCAACCCACCCACAAGUUACAGCAACCCUCCCACAAGUUAUAGCAGCCCACCCACAAGUUACAGCAACCCACCCACAAGUUAUAGCAGCCCACCCACAAGUCAUAGCAACCUACCCACAAGCUACAGCAACCCACCCACAAGUUAUAGCAGCCCACCCACAAGCUACAGCAACCCUCCCACAAGUUAUAGCAGCCCACCCACAAGUUAUAGCAACCUACCCACAAGCUACAGCAACCCACCCACAAGUUACAGCAACCCACCCACAAGUUACAGCAACCCACCCACAAGUUACAGCAACCCACCCACAAGCUACAGCAACCCCCCCACAAGUUAUAGCAACCCACCCACAAGCUACAGCAUCCCUCCCACAAGUUACAGCAACCCACCCACAAGUUACAGCAACCCUCCCACAAGUUAUAGCAGCCCACCCACAAGUUAUAGCAACCCACCCACAAGUUAUAGCAGCCCACCCACAAGUUAUAGCAGCCCACCCACAAGUUAUAGCAACCUACCCACAAGCUACAGCAACCCACCCACAAGUUACAGCAACCCACCCACAAGCUACAGCAAGUGA